AUGGGUCAAACUAAAUACAUUUUCGAAUCAGAAUCAAAUGAUACGGGAAGUUUCAGGAAAUUCGUAAUCACUCCAACUAACUAUAACCGAAUUUGGGCUUUAAAUCUCGUGGUUUUCACCGUGGUGGUGAUCUCUGCUCACUUUUUCAUUUGCCAAGAGUUCACCAAUGGACAACACCAAAAGGUGUUCACGAUGGUGUCUGUACUAGUUUCAUUGGCUCUGAUAAGAAAUCCACCAAUUGAGUUCCUUUCAAUAUUCAGAAGCGGUGGAAUCCAAAUUUCCGCGAUGAGAGGUUGUAUUUUAUUUCCCACUUGGCUGAACUUUAAGCUACUUCAGACUGAUGAUUUCCUUCCAAGAGACUCCAUAAACGAUGUUAUUAUUAAUGAAGGCUUUACCAAGGGAUUUAAAGUCAUAUUCUACUUGGCGGUCUUAGAGAAAGACAAGAGCGACCUAAAACUCGUUUUCCCAGUAUGUUUGGCCUUAAUUAUCGCAAAACGAUCCAGAAAAUUCUCAACUACAAAACCUUUGACUAAGAAUCCAAUACUAACCUUAGACCCAAGUCUUCACAACCCAGGCUCUCUGAUCUGA